UCGUUUACAGGGGGCUACACUUUCCCUUGCUGCCUCCCUCCUGCAAAUAAAUCCGCAUGGUUAGGACGGUUUUGUGGCUCCAUCUUCCCUGCACGAGAUGUUCUCUAGACUCUCCUGCAGCGAGGCGUGGAAGGGAAACUUUACAGGGCUCCGGGAUUCGGAACGCGUGACCAUGGCAACAGAACGUCGUGCUGACCGUCUCCUUAGCAACGGGCGGGCGCUGCUCCCUGCCUUGCCCCUUUGCAGGCGCUGGGACGGCAGCCGGGGGCCCACGGCUCCCCAUUCCCUGAGCCGAGGGUCCCUGCGGGGGGCUGGGCCACGAUGGCUUUCGAACUGGAAAAAUAUCUGCGGGCAGCUUUCCGGGACAAGCUGCUGCUGCCGAAAAUGCCUGAAAGAGAAGAUGACUACCUGACCCCUGCCACCUGCCUGCUGGAGAAGAGGAGGGAGCUAGCAGAGGUGGAACAAGCCCUGUUGGCACAGAAAGAGGAGUUCCAGAUGAAGAUGGAGAGCCUGCAGCAGCGCCAGAAGGAACUGCAGCACAAGGAGGGGCAGCUCAAGGAGGCUAUCUUCAAAUUUGACAAGUUCUUAAAGGACAAUGACUCCAAGCGGAGCCGGGCGCUGCACAAGGUGAGUGAACAGCGGGAGCAGGUGGUGCAGAAGGUUGUGGAGGCCAUGCGGUUGCGCCAGGAGAUUGCCCGGCUGCUCGUGGAGAGGGACAGGCUGCAGCGGCGCCUGGAAGCUCAUGCCAUCUUCUGGAGCUACCUCCAGGCGGUGUUGGAGAAGACCGAGCAGUUCCAGGAAAUCCAGGUGCUGAUUGACCGCUUCAGGACACUGACUGCCACCAACGUGUCGCUGGUGCAGCAGGACCUGGGGAGCCGGGAGGCCAUGGCGGAGAAGCAGGCCCAGCUCCAGCAGUACCUGGAGCAGAGCAACAAUGAGAUCAUGCAGCUCAACAACCAGCUGGCCGUGCUGCAGGCCCAGCAGGAGCAGGCCCGGGCCAAGGUGCACCAGUGGGAGUCCAAGUGGACUGAGAUCCAGAACACAGCUGCCAAGAAGACCCUGCAACUGGGGCAGAUCAAGAUGGCUACCCUCAACCUCUUCCAGCUGGUGACAAAGCAAAUGAAGCUGCAGGUGGAUGUCCCCCUGGAGGACACGGAAACCCAGCUUGACACGGUUCAGCUCUGCAUGCUCGACCUGGCUGACAUCCUUGCUGACCUCCGCAAAGGGGACCCUGCACCUGCCAUACAGCCCUCGCCUGCUGCUGCCAGCUAAGCCACUCAGCAUCCUCCCAGCUGC